AUGUCGUACCCAUACGGAUAUCCCUAUGCUAAUGGAGCCUAUAUUGCCCCGCCAGCUUACACUGCCUAUCCAGCUGUUCCAACUGUUCUUCCAGCGCCUGUCGUGCCAGUUAUGCAACCGACUGUCGUAGUGGCUGACAUGCAUCACCCCCACCACCACCAUCAUCACUCUUUCCUCGGCGAGGUUCUUCACCACGGAUUUGGUCAUCACCAUCACCAUGGAUACCACCAUCAUCAUCAUUGU